UAAGUUGACAUUCUUUCUAUCUUAAUUUAAAUGGCUUAUAAUGCAGAUGUGGGUUAUAUUCAGCAUGUUUUGGUAGUUAAUUUGUUUGAGUAAUACCCUUAUUCAUUUUCAUUCAGCAUGCCUAUUCUGUUUCAUGUAUGAGGGUCAGGGGUGAGGUUCAUCAUUUUUAGUAUUACCAAGAGUCUGGUUUUGUGAGGUUCAUCAUUUUUAGUAUUACCAUGAAUCUGGUUUUGUGUGUGUCAAUCUUUAUUGUGUGUAUCAGAGCACUCUCAGAAGGGGCUUUAAGACCUGAUAUUGUGCAAGUUGGAGCUGUUUUCACGUUUAACACUAUUAAUGGGAAGGUAGCAAGGAUUGCCAUGAAGGCUGCUGAGGAUGAUGUAAAUUCUGAUCCAAAUAUUCUUGGUGGAAGUAAAUUGUCUAUACUUAUACAUGAUUCCAACUUCAAUGAAUUUCUUGGCAUCAUUGGGGCAUUGAAGUUCCUGGAGACUGAUACAGUAGCUAUAAUUGGUCCACAAACCGCUGUAAUGGCCCAUGUACUCUCACAUCUUGCAAAUGAAUUCCAUGUUCCAUUGUUGUCAUUUACAGCACUAGAUCCAACCCUAUCUCCUCUGCAAUUUCCUUACUUUGUUCAAACAGCACCCAAUGAUCAAUUCCAGAUGACUGCAAUCGCAGAUAUGAUUAGUCAUUUUGGUUGGGCAGUGGUUGUUGCAGUUUUUAGUGACGAUGAUCAAAGCCGAAAUGGUAUUACUGCUUUAGCCGAUCAACUUGCAGAAAGACACUGCAAAAUUUCUUAUAAGGCAGUACUUCCUCCUGACCCUACUGCAAAGCCAAGUGAGGUUAAGGAUCAACUAGAAAGGAUUCAAAUGAUGGAAGCUCGAGUAAUUGUUGUACAUACCUUUAACAGGACAGGUCUUUUGGUUUUUGAUGAGGCUCAGAAACUUGGGAUGAUGGAGAGUGGCUAUGUUUGGAUAGCUACCACUUGGCUAUCUACUGUCUUAGAUUCUGCUCCAUCUUCAAAAACUGCAAACUCUACCAUAGGAGUUCUGACUCUUCGUCCACACACACCUGAUUCAGAAAGAAAAAGGGCUUUUAUGGCAAGGUGGAACAAGCUGAGUAAUGGCUCUAUUGGGCUGAACCCUUAUGGUCUAUAUGCCUAUGAUACUGUAUGGAUGAUUGCUCAAGCAGUAAAUUUGUUUCUUGAUCAGGGAGGUAACAUUUCAUUCUCCAACAAUACACGCCUAAGUCGUAUGAAGGGAGGAGCUCUGAAUCUUGGUGCAUUGAGCAUUUUUGAUGGGGGGAAUCAAUUGCUUAACAACAUAUUGCAGACCAAUAUGACAGGUUUGACAGGACCUAUUCGAUUUUAUCCAGACAGAUCCCCUUUACAUCCUUCAUAUGAUAUCCUUAAUGUAUAUGAAACUGGUUAUAGGCAGAUUGGUUAUUGGUCUAAUUAUUCUGGCCUAUCUGUUGUGACCCCGGAGACACUUUAUACCAAACCACCAAACCGUUCAAGUUCAAGCCAGAUUUUAGACACUGUGAUUUGGCCUGGUGGAACAACAAAGAAGCCUCGUGGCUGGGUUUUUCCAGAAAAUGGAAGGCAAUUGCGAGUUGGAGUUCCAAACCGAGUCAGUUACCAGGAGCUAGUCUCACGAGUGAAUGGUACUGAUAAAGUCCAAGGAUAUUGCAUAGAUGUGUUCCUUGCUGCCAUAAACUUGCUACCUUAUGCAGUUCCAUAUAGGUUCAUUCCAUUUGGAGAUGGUCAUAAGAAUCCAAGCUACUACAAGCUUGUAAAUAUGGUCUCAUUAAAUGUUUUUGAUGCUGCUGUAGGUGAUAUUGCAAUUGUCACAAACAGAACAAAGCUUGUGGAUUUUACUCAGCCAUAUAUAGAGUCAGGAUUAGUUGUUGUAGCUCCUGUCAGGAAGUUAAAUUCAAGUGCUUGGGAAUUCUUGCAACCAUUUACUCCAUUGAUGUGGGGUGUCAUAGCAGCUUUUUUUCUUACUGUUGGCGUCGUUGUUUGGAUUCUUGAACAUAGAAUAAAUGAUGAAUUCCAGGGGCCUCUUAGGAAACAAAUAGUCACAAUUUUAUGGUUUAGCUUGUCUACUAUGUUUUUUGCACAUAGAGAAAAUACAAUGAGCACACUCGGUCGCAUUGUGCUUCUCAUAUGGCUUUUUGUAGUUCUUGUAAUCAACUCGAGCUAUAUUGCAAGCCUGACAUCUAUGCUCACAGUGCAACAGCUUUCCUCCCCCAUCACAGGCAUUGAUACCUUGGUGACUAGCAAUAAACCUAUAGGAUUCCAAGUAGGAUCUUUUGCUGAAAACUAUUUGACUGAGGAACUUAACAUCCCAAAAUCUAGACUUGUUGCUCUUGGCUCACCAGAGGAAUAUGCUGUUGCACUUGAGAGAGGAACUGUUGCUGCUGUGGUUGAUGAACGGCUAUAUAUAGAGCUCUUCUUGUCAGACAACUGCAAGUUCUCAAUUAGAGGUCAAGAGUUCACCAAAAGCGGGUGGGGAUUUGCAUUGCCAAGGGACUCUCCUUUAGCCACUGACAUGUCUACUGCCAUACUUGCUCUAUCUGAGAAUGGUGAGCUUCAGAAUAUCCAUGACAAGUGGCUAUCGAGAAAAGCUUGCGGUUCCCAAGUCACUGGGCUUGCAUCAGAUCAGCUUCGAUUACAAAGCUUCCGGGGACUAUUUCUCAUCUGUGGGAUUGCAGGCUUUCUUGCUCUCCUACUAUACUUUUGCUUGAUGAUACGCCAGUUUAGGCAGCGUUUUCCUGAAGAACCUAAUGCUUCUAUGAAUGGCAGUUCACGUUUUACACGCCUCCAGACAUUCUUGUCAUUUGCAGAUAAGAAAGAAGAUGUAAGAAAGAGAAUGUCAAAAAGAAAACGUAGGGAUAUGUUAUCAAAUGAUAAUGGCAAGAGGAUCUUUAAUCUUUAAGCAAUCACUUGUUACCAUGGUUGUUGUGAAAUUCGCAUAUAUAGCUCUGCGUGUAAAGAUGUUUAGCUUUCAACUAAUUGAUGGUCACACGACUCACACAAAACCAUUCGGAUAUAUAUAUAUAUGAUAUUAUUUGAUUCUUUGUAAUAAUUCAGGAGAUAUCACA